AUAAAAUGUGGCACACAACUCAAUGUUCCUUCUUUAGACCAAAGGGUGCGUGAUAAAUAGGUAACAUAGUGAGGUCCCUUAAAAAAAAUUUGCCACAAAAAUGAACACGCCUAAAUAAAGGGGGAGAGGUUACUGAGUGGACCAAUCAAUUCAAAGCGAACAAAUAAAAAUCUCCUUUCUUUUCCUUCCUUUAAUUAUUGAUUUUGAAACAAACUUCUAUAAUAUUCUUUUAUUUUUUUAUUCUCUACUCUUGUUUUGAAAAUGAGUGCCAUAUAUAAAUUGCAGUUUUCAGCCAAACAAACACUCACUCCACACAAUUUCAUGAGAGUGAAGAUGAAAAUGAGUGCUGCUUUGUCAUUUUUCUUGCUAUGUUUUUUACUCUUUGUGAGCUUAGCCAAAACGAACGACAGAAUGAAGACUAUUAUGACGUCAUCAAUGGCGCACGAGAAAAUUUCUCGUGGGCUUCACCCGAAUUUGGGCCUAAACUUUGCCAGCAAAAGAAGAGUUCCAAGUGGAGCCGAUCCAAUUCACAACAGAAAAGUAGGGACUGCCAAAUCACCACCGACAUGACGUGCUCGGCUAAUGAGAUUGUCGGACUAAUCCUAACAUUAUGAAGUCGAAAAGUAUUUUUUUGAACGAAAACGAAGAACUUUAAUUGUGCAUACUGUGAGGAGAGAAUGAGUUUGUGAGUUAGUAUAUCGGGUAAGACAAUCCAAGUUUUCACUCUUGUUUUUUUUUUUCGUUUUUCUUUUAGUUUUUUCUAGUUAAUUUUUUCUUUGCAUGUAUAGAAAAGAUGUUUCGGCUUUGAUAGAGUUGUAUAACAAUAAGAGCUUCCAUUUUUCUUUUCCAUUUUCUGCUGUUAGGCAAAUAUAACAGUUAAAUAGUCAUAUACUUUUUCAACAGAUGUGCU